AUGCCGGACUUCAAGCUCGCGUUCGACCACGUCUGCAUCCACACUGGCGGCCGCGGCGUCAUCGACGAGAUCGAGAAGCAGCUGGCCCUCAGCCCCGCCAUGAUCGAGCCCAGCCGCGCGGUGCUCUACCGCUACGGCAACAUCAGCAGCAGCAGCAUCUGGUACGUCCUGUCGUUCAUCGAGUCUGUGGGCGGCGUGCGCAAGGGCGACCGCGUGUGGCAGCUCGGCUUUGGCAGCGGCUUUAAGUGCAACAGCGCCGUGUGGCGCGCAAACAGGCGCGUUCGCGAGGCGCACUACGCCUGGGAGGGCUUUGAUAUGGAGAAGAUGCGGUCAGACCUCCACGCCCUCAACCAGCUGCACUGA